AUGGCGAAAAGGGUGACGCUCUUCGAACCUCCGCAGCUGGACCCCUCGAAGGCGCAGAUCGAAAACGUGUUGGAGCUAACGCCGGUGCUUGACAUUGGACCUGAUGUCUUCACAAAUACCCGUCCUCUCUGGCAUCCUCCCGGUGCCCGAGGUAUUUACGGCGGAGCCGCCAUCGCGCAGUGUCUGUCAGCCGCAAUGCGGACCGUCCCCGCCGACUUCGCAGUCCACAGCAUGCACUGCUACUUUGUCCUCGCCGGCGAUUCUGAGAUCCCAAUUCUCUACCACGUCGAACGAGUCCGUGAUGGGAGAAGCUUUAUCACACGAACAGUCCAGGCAAGGCAGCGCGGCCGGCCCAUCUUUACAACCACCCUGAGUUUCAGCAAAGCAAACAGUGGUGGAAAAAAGAAGCUCGAGCACGCUUCGUCAAUGCCCUCUGCUCCCCCUCCAAGUCUACCGAAGUCUGCUGAAUCACGAUUCAACCCGCAUGGCGGCGGGCCGUUUGAAUCAGUCCGGGAUGAAAUAGUUAAUCGUGCGUCCAAACCCGAAGACAAGAGGGUCAGACGCUGGGUGCGUUGUAAAGGGAGGAUCUCUGAUGCCGGUGCCCAACAUGCCCACCUAUCUGCUCUCGCAUAUAUCACAGACAGCUUCUUUAUCGGCACCGUCUCUCGGGUUCAUGAGAUCCCGCGAUUCUCGUCCGCCGCAGAGCUGCAAAGGGCUCUAAAGGCUCUGAAGAACCCAUCCGAUCUUGAUGACGACGACAUCGUGCGGGCUCUGAAAGAGCUCAAGGAGGAAGAAGCAGCGGAUCUACAGCGCCGGCUAGAAGGUGCUCUUAGUAAGCUCGAGCAACGGAAGAAGAGGGAAGACCACAAGGAGAUUGGGAUGAUGGUUAGCCUCGAUCACUCAAUUUAUUUCCAUAACCCGUGGAAAUUCCGCGCGGAUGAGUGGAUGCUCACAGAGAUGGAGAGUCCUUGGGCCGGUGAGGGGAGGGGCCUUGUCCUGCAGAAGAUUUGGGCUAAAGACGGGACUUUGAUCGCCACAUGCACGCAGGAGGGGGUUGUGAGGCUGAAACAGGACGAGCUGGUUCGCGCAAAGAUGUAG